CUUGGUUCGUCAGAACCAUUCUCUUAAUCAAAUUUCCGGAGCUGGUUUCUUCGAACUAACAAGUAACGGGCUUAUUCCUACACUGCCAGUGCACAUCCUUUUCCAAUAGAAAUUGCGACGGAAGCCGCGCGAUUAUAGUGUAAUGGGCAUAAUUGAGCUCACCAGUCUUGCUUUCGCUUUCCCCCUUCCUCACAGAACCCUAAUCCUUCCGUUCCGCGCCAGCUCAAACAGGGCUAAAGGCGACUGCUUGACGCUCUUAAAGGCGACUGCUUUCCCAUCGGCUUCUUCUACAUAUGCUGGAAUCGAUCGACGGUUUUUCUGCCUCCCUCGUAGCCGACGGAUUGGCGUAGCCAUGGCGUCGUCCGGCGCGUCUCAUAAAUCCGAAGACGAGUGGAGGACGAUUCUUUCGCCGGAGCAGUUCCGGAUUCUUCGCCUCAAGGGAACCGAGUAUCCAGGCAUUGGUAAAUAUGACAAAUUCUUCGAGGAAGGCAUCUAUGAAUGUGCUGGCUGCGGGACUCCUCUUUACAAAUCUACCACAAAGUUCAAUUCUGGCUGUGGCUGGCCUGCUUUCUAUGAGGGGCUUCCCGGCGCCAUUAACCGAUCUGUGGAUGCUGAUGGAGUGAGAGUAGAGAUAACCUGUGCUGCUUGUGGCGGCCAUCUUGGUCAUGUUUUCAAAGGCGAGGGAUUCAAUACCCCAACUGAUGAGAGGCACUGUGUAAAUAGCAUUUCCCUCAAAUUCUCGCCACCUCGUUGAAAUAUAUAUUGAUGGAUCAUAUGAAAUAUUUGUGUUCCAUUACUUGAGGGAUUAAUGAAAAUUUUAUUUAUUUCAUAUAAUCAGCUUGUAGAGUAAAGUGUUUGGACAUUUUGAUUUUCUAUGAUUUUUCAGUGGACAACAAA